AUGGCAAAUGCUGCUUCUUCAGCCCAAAUCCCAGAGGUGAUGCUUGGCUCCUCCACUUGUGCUGCCCUCAAGAAAUCACUUGAGCGAGUCUCAAAAUCUCAAAAUCUCACAAUCUCACAAUCUAAAAUCUUCCAUUGGAGUACCUUGACCUGUAUCUCAUCCUCUAGCCCAUCAGUUGACCUUAUGCCAAUGGACUUCAAGGGUGUGUGGGCAGCCAUGGAAGAAUCUCAGAGACCUGGCCUCACCAAAUCAAUUGGAGUCAGCAAUUUCUCCAGCAAAAAGAUUGAAACUUCACUCUCUUUUGCUACCAUUCCUCCUUCAGUCAAUCAAAAAGAGGAAAAGGAGAAGCUUUUCGAAGCAGCCAUAUUCAAACAGGUUUCUUGA